AUGAAGAAAAACUCAAAAAAGCAAGAUUCGGUGAUUGAUAAUCGUAACAAUGAACCAGUUAUUGUCAACGAUGAUGAUGAUGAAGAUACUGAAUCUUUGAAUUCUAAUGUUGCAUCCAAAGUUAGGGGGAAAAAGAGAAAGUUGAUUUCAAAGGUAUGGAACUAUUUUGAAAUCUUAGAUACAAAACCGGGAGAGGAGUUAAUGUGUAAAUGCAAAAAGUGUGGAAACAAGUAUAGUGCUGAUAGCAAGAAUGGCACGGGCAAUCUAAAUCGACACAUACAAAGCUGUGUGAAAAUUACAACUAAAGACAUUGGUCAGUUUCUUCUAUCCUCUAAUCAAGAAAAAGAACAUGGGUCAGCAGCUACUGUUGCUUCUGAUGUGGAUAAGUCUAAGAAUGCAACAAGAGUCAACCAACAAUCAAUGGAUGUUUGGAAGGAGUUUGAAACAUUUGAUAAUAUUCAUACAACUUCGAAAAAGAGUGAACUUGAGAUGUAUUUAGAUGAACAAAGAAUUGAUUUAUCUCAAAAUGUCCAAGUUCUUGAUUUUUGGAAAGCACAUGCAUAUCGUUAUCCAAAUUUGUGUAGAAUGGCAAGAGAUGUUUUAUCUAUUCCAGUAUCAACUGUUGCUUCUGAAGCUUCUUUUAGCAUUGGUGGAAGAAUUCUAGAUCAAUAUCGUAGCACAUUAACCCCACAAAUUGUUGAGUCACUGAUAUGUAGUCGGGAUUGGCUUUUUGGAGAUUCAGGUUUGCAAACAAAAGAAAAGGAAGCAAUGGAUGCUAUUAUUGAAGAUGUUAUUUCUCAACACAAUGGUGGUGAAGAUGCAAUGGAUGAUGAAGAUUGAAAGCCAGCACAUGUUAUAUUUUGUUGAAGCAACUUUAUUUGUUUUUUUAAAUUUUAUCAUCUUUUUGGUACUUUUAAGUAUUUUGGAGAAUGUAUUUUGUGGUAAUUUAUAACUUUUGACAUCCUAUGAUUUGUUGGUUCAAAAGAACUUAUUGAAGGAUGUAUUUUGUGAUAAGUAUUAAUUUAUGAUGUUGGAUUUUGUUUUAA